UGUACGAUGCGUUGCCUUUGCCACACACAGCGGGCGAGAAACCGGACGACGGGUCUCCUGCUGGCUGGAGGUAUAUACUGCUGUACGCAGCAGCACUGCUGUCUUACGGCUGUGUCUCUUGACCCCCGCGACAGCUCAGCAUGGCUGCUGCCGAGACGACUACUGCUCUCCCAGAGUUCACCACGACGGUGCUUCCUUCCAAUGGCCAGCUGCUGGCAGAGGAGACAGACGAGCUCCUAGCGGCGAGCUUGGCGGCGAUGAAGGCAGACCUCGCCGCAAUCCCGGCGUGGAGCGGCGCUCCCUCCCCGACGGACGAAUUUCUGCUCAUGUUCCUGCGGGCCGAGGUGUUUUCCCCGUCGGCGGCUGCGAACCGUUAUCGCAAGUUCUGGAAGGCGAAAAUUACGCUGUGCGGUGAAGAAAACGCGGCUCUUCCCAUCAAGUUUGAGGACGCCCGGGCGGCACUGGAGUCGGAGUUCGUCCAGCUGGUUCCAGGGACCAGGGACAUCGAAGGGAGACAGGCAAGAGUGGUGAUGAUUGUUUCCAGCAACAUGGACAAGAAGUUGGAGAGAAGGCUAAGGCUCCUGUCGGUGUGGUACGUGAUGCUAGCGGCGCUGGAGGACGUGGAAACCCAGAGACGAGGAUUCUGCUUCGUGGGCUACCACAAGGCGGUCAAGCGUAGCCAGGCGGACGCGACGUUCGUCAAGAUGGUCAUGCAGAGCUUGCAGGGGGCUCUUCCCGUUCGAAUCGGCAGCAUUAACAUCUGCUACCCACCGACGUUCUUCUGUGUGGUAUGGGCCAUCAUUAGCCCGUUCCUGCACGAGAGAGUGAAGCGGAGGGUUCGAGUCAUCCCCGGAACAGACGCUGAGGUGCUAGGCGUCCUCGGCGCCAUCGUCCCGCCUGACGGCUUGCCACCGCCCAUGGGCCCAAAACCCACGGAGUUUUCGGCUUGGUUGGCGGAACAAGCUCAGAAGGAUGCUUGAUGUUGACGCCCGCAAAUGCUGUCACUUUUCCUAUCGGUCAACAUUGGUGCCGCUACUAGUGGCCGAGUGUUUGUACAAGCGUUUCCCCCCGGCAAUCAUUUGAACAGUAGCAGCAGCAGCAGCAGUUGGUAUGGCGAUUUUUUCAGUUAUUUUGUGAGGUCGGUUUCUUUUCGCCGAUUGGUGAGUUUCUCUAUUACUUGCAUGCAUGUCGUGUUGGGCUUUUGAAAGCCGACCGACGUGUAGGCAGGCAUGCAUGUGAGUGAGGAAAGCGUAGCCUCUCUCGCCCUUCGCUUAGCAAUUCCUUUCGUUGUGUUUAUGACCUAUUGAAGGUCACAUGAUUUUGUUUUUUGGUCCUUCAGCGGACUGACUUCUUCAUGGAUGGAUUUGGAUGGAUGUGAAACAAAUUCAAUUUAUGCUGCGACCUCGAUGCAGCAGUCCGCGUUGAAC